GCAGAAUUUAGGGUUUAGGGUUUAGGGUUUUGGAACCCUGAUGGCACGGUGUGAAUGCGUCAGCCAUACUUAGUUUAAAACCCACACAUGCUCGAAUUUGAAAAGAAGGGCGUGAACGGAUGAAGCAAAAGGCCUGUUCCUCUCCAUCAGCAAACCGUGGCCGACCUCACUCAACACGAGACAUGGACGAGACGACAAGACACUCCACUGACGGAGGAAUCAUCUGUGGUUGUUCUCGUGAGAAAAAUGUGACAAAGGUAAGCAAAGAGAGCGGUGCCCUGCGCUACGUAUCAGUAGAUAGAUAGAAAGCAGCCAGCCAUCAUCGGCCAGCAUUUGGUGACAUACUGACUGCACGUGAGUACUCAUAGCUGGUGAGCUAGCCUGUCUGUCUGUCUCAGCUUUGUUGGCCUCCGGCGUUGGCAUCCCAGCAGAUGACUCAAGGAAUCUACCAAGAACCCUCAGCAGAAGACGUCAAAGCCGUAGACACGAUACUAGUGCACCGUUCAAUCGCAGACAGGGAGUGUUGGCGAGACGAACUACUCACCCUGUCGACACAACACGGUCAUGCACUUUCAGGCAUCGCGACAAGAACAAGCCAUCGAUCAGCACAGGGACGUCUCUCUCUCCAAGACAGUCACUGUACAUAAAGAUAUCGACAAGACGGCGGAUGGAUGUGAGGAAAACGUCUGGGUGCCACAUGUGUGUGCGCGCGCGUGCUGGUUCCCGAGCGACCACCCCACACAGCCCUUUAAAAGAACUGAAUGAAUGUCCACCGACGUGUCCGUCCGUCGUGAGGACGCAACAGGUCGGGUCGACCAUUCACUGCUCAAAACGCAUCCACACGCACGCACGAGCGCACCUCAAAGUGCUCAAAGGGUCGACGAGUCCUCCCCAUUCCUCCCUCCCUCACAGGCGCCCCCCCUUCCCCACAUUCCCCACACUCACCCCCGCACCCGCAACCCUACGAAGAGAGCCAACCAAAGGCACGUGUUAACUGAACCAUAGUAGCGGGCGAGAGCACACAGACACCAUAGACACAGCGCCUCACUUUGUGGCCCCGUGGGUGGGUCUGUGUGUCUGUCUCGCCAUGUGUGCAUCCAUGCCUCGCACUCUAUCUCUUCGUCUGUCUCCCUCCCCGGCCACAACGCGGCCCGCCAGUGAAUUCAGUCAGUCCACAUACGAUCGAUAUCUAUGGAUCGUCGCGCGGCCUAGUCUCUCUCUGUGACGCAACUACAGAAGAAAAAAAGAGCGAGGGACGGUAUCUGGGAAUCGAGCUCCCCCGCGCGACUGUGCAUUAACGUACUCAGCCAAGUCGUCUGUCGACGCACAACACAGCGACCGAGGGCAUCGCGUAUGCAUGACACACUCGUGUGAGUACAUAUCUUUGAGUGUGUCUGUCUGUGAGUGUAUGUAACUUCGGCACAGCAAAAAAGAAGUGAUCAGGAGGAUAGCCAAUCAACAAGCCAGCCAGCCAGCCAGCUAUAGAGAUCGGAUACUGGGUAACAAGGUGGGAAAAAGACCACGGAGCAAACAGAGAGGGAGCGUUAGGCAUGCACAUGAAUGGCAGCAGGGCCAGUGCAACAGCAUCGGCGUCGAGAAACAAGGGAGUCAAAGGCUCCCUUGCCCCACCCCCUUCAAAAUGUCAGAAAACCCUUUCCCCCGUCCAUCCCCACCCUGUCAAAACAACACAACGUUGACACAACAGCACACCCCAUCCAACCCCUCAUUCAAUCAAAAACGCGGCGAUGCGUUGCAACGGGCCAAUUCCCCCACCCGUCCUGUCUGCAGGACGGCAGCCAAACGCCCCCCCUCUCUCUCAUCGUCACGAAAAGUCAUGUUCUGUCUGUACACACGGCUGGCACGUUUGGUGUCCGUGCUUUGCCCUGCCGGCUGGCUGGCUGUGGGUCGUGGUGCGUCCACGAUUGGCUGUUGACUAUAAGACUCUUCCGCUACCUACACACGCAAGAAAAAGCGCAUCAAUCACCGAAGACCGAUGCAUGACAAACAAACGAUCGACAAGACGGGCAGCCAAGCCAUGGUUAGUAUGUACACAACGGAUAUGGAACAACCACACCGAGCGAGCCAGCCAGCCUCCCUCCCCCCAGCCCAUCCUUACACGUACGUCAGACGUACACGCAUUCAUAGGCAUGAAUCGGUCGAGGAUUGCACGCAGAUAGACAAGCUGGAAGGCGGGCAGCUGGGUGGGCAAGCAGGCACGCGGGCAGGUCACUCCAUACGCAUACACAGAGCAAAUGUGUAGACGGACAGCACAGUCAGUCGAGCACGGUGUGCCCAUGCAUGAGCACUGCACGAACAUGCAUUGCACCAACGGACAGCCACGCAGGACAACACAAUACAUACACACGCGUACAAAAGCAGCCAAAUCCACAUGGAAUCGAUCAGCCAGCCCCAUACACACGCCUGGCACGCGCGUCAUUCAUUGAUUACGUAUCACCACCCGAAGGGCGGGUAUUUGGGUGGCUGUUUGCCUGGGUGUAGCCACCGCCAGAGCAGCCACGAGACGACGGGCAUGAUGGUGUAGGCGAUGACGAUCAUCUCGAUUGGCAGGAUGAUGGCCGUGCUGAGAGCGGAGUGGGUGCCCUGCUCGGCCAGAAACACACCCAGGGUCUCCGUGAAGAGCCACACAAUUGGAAACCAUCCGAUGAACAGAGCAAGCACCGUCUUCCACCUGACAAUCAGAAAGGAUCAGUGGAGUACUUUUGGGUUUUGUCUAUCGUCUGCCUGUGUACCUGGGUGUGCUCUUGGGUUGGAACGGCGGGAAGACGAUCCAGUCGUCGUGCGCCUUGGUGAUGUCCACAGCCACGCGGUCGCAGAGGUGGUUCACACGUGACAUGAACGACGACAGCUCCUCGCUCUGCUCCCAACUGACGCAUCAACACGACACACCACACAUGGGUAUGCUGUUUGCUGUGCCUGCAUCUCAUCCAUCUCUGCGUGUAUGCUUGCAUACCGUUUGAGGUUGCUGAGUCCGUGGAACUUGACGAUGAUGACGAACUCGUGCAACCCUUUCCGCUGGGGAACGAUCACAGUGAACCCUGCUUUGCACAGAACCAACAUACGAGGUGCGAGAGAGAGGAGUUAAGGACCUCGUCGAUGCGUGCGUGUCUUUCCUGACUCACCGGCGAAGCCAGGGAAGCCUCGUGCCUUCCGCUGGCAGAUCGACAAGUGACGCACAAACUCCUCAGUCUUGGCCGCCUUCACGACCCUGAUACAACAUCCAUAGAUACACAAGCGUCGGCCGCUCAUCUCUUCCCGCCCGCAUGCAUCUCCUCGCUCUCACCUGCUGAUGACUUUGGUGACGACGCCCUCAUAGCUGAAGCUGAUCUGUCGUCUCAGUGCGAUUUCUUCCAGAGGGUAGUCCCACUUGCCACCAACACCAGCAGCAGCGGCCGCCGCAUCCUUGUCCAGAAACCGACGCAGGAGCUUCCCAGACCGGGUGAUGAGCUUCGGCACACGCUCCGCAAGAUCCUUCUGACUCUGCAGCAACCACAACCACCGGCCAUCACAAAAUGAGUCGCGACCAAUCAACCAUCGUUUGUGCUGACCUUAAAGAAUCGCCCAAGUGGUCUUGGCUGCUCCGGCGGCUUCAGUGUGUUGGACUGCUGCCCUCCUACUGUGGUGUGGUCAGAGGAUGUGGCUGAGGAGGAGGCCUGUGAGUGGGUAGGGCUGGUGUCUUCAUUGUUUUGCUGCUUCCAUGCCGACGACACGAUGGUUGUGGCCGACAAAACAGCGUCUUGCUCGUCCGCUCCAUCGGGACGCGGGUCGGGCAGUUGAAGCGCCGAUGGGCGAGGAGUCGUGUCUGGCGUCAUUUGAUUGACUACAAAAUGCUGCAACCAUGCGGUAGACGCCUGAAUGACUUGAGACAACGGACCCAAUUUUCUCAGCUCGCAGUUGGGCUGUCGCCGUCACUUUCGCAACGGACACCUUCUUCACAGACCUACACCUACAGGGUGUCGUGAUCGACGACACCGCGUCGAUACCGAGAAGGCUU